AUGACUUCUCUUACCGUAAGUUACGGAUUGAUAUCACCCCAAUCUCCUGAUAAGAAAAAUGCUCAUAUCUUGCCAAUAUCAAGAAUAUUACAUCCAAAAUUAACAGAUGACUACUAUCUAACAACGUCUAGAGAUGGCUCAAUAGUGCUACAUCCUUCGAUUCAUGGAAGAACACCAACCAGAUUUCAAAUACAUUCAGACUGGGUGAGCGACAUUAUUGAAAUUAAUCAACAUAGCUAUAUUACUACUUCGCACGAUUUUAGUAUCGUUCAUGUCACGGUAUAUAAAGAUCCUAAUAAUGACGGAGAUUGGCUAUCCACAAUUAAAAUCAUUGGCAAUCACAAGGAUUAUAUUAAAUGCAUUAGCUAUAUUCCAAAACACGAUUUGUUCGUGACAGGCUCAUUGGAUUGCACGUUGAAAGUUUGGAAAGUAAUAUAUUCAAUGGGCAACCAUGAACCAUCUUUCGAACUGUAUCAUACUUUUACAACAGGUGCUGGGUCAAUAUACACGUUGACUACAUUACGACAGAGUCAUCAAAGUGGAUUUGAUUUGGUUGCAGGGGAUUGUAAUGGAGAUUUAUGGUUUUGUUCCGCUGUGGAUAAAAGAGAAAUUAGAAGAAUUAAAGAAGCUCAUGAAACUAAUAUUAAAGUGAUAAAAUUGAUAGAUGACGAAUCAAAAUUGAUAUCCACUUGUUCAAAUGGAGUAGUGCACGUGUGGGAUAUUCAUGAUAUUACACAAUUGAAUAGAAUCAAAUCGUGGAAAUGGAAUUGUUCAAUUUGGUGUAUCGAUGGUAAUUUCUCUUCAAAUUUAUUGGUAGGUGACUCCCUAGGUAAUAUUAAUAGAUUCGAUUUUACAGAUUUGAACAAUAUUGUAAUACAAUCAAUUUUUAAUUCAAAAGAGUAUUUAGUCAAAUAUGAUUCUACUAUUAUGCAAAAUGACGAGGAAGACAAACAUCUAGGCAUACUGGAUUUGAAAUUACUUAAUGAAUCAAAUAUAUAUUUCUCAUAUUGUUCAGACUCAAACUUGAACUGCCUCAAUUUGAAACAAAAUACGUUGUCGAUAGAGAAAGGUGGCUUCGCACUCACAAGAAGCUCGCUCUUAACAAACAGAAGACAUGUCAUCACCGAAAACACCCAGGGGAAGAUCCAGAGAUGGGAUAUAGUGUCAUGCGAGUUGAUCAACACGUUUCCUCGUGAUGAGGGCACGUUCGACGAGAUCGUGGUCAAGUAUACUUCAAAGGAGAUAUUGUCACAUUGGUGUGCUGUGACAGUUAAAGUUGGAAUGUUGUUUGUUAAAAUUGGACCAAAAUUUUCAAAUACAGAACUGUAUGGAUCCGCAUUACAGGAGUAUUAUGUGACGAAUGAUAUUAAAUUGAAUUCGGAUGAUAGAUAUAAUAUUGGGAAGAUUGUGGUCAAUUCAUUAUUUAAUGAUUUCAUGGAAUAUGAACAACGUAAGGAUGAAAUUUUUAGAAAAGCCUUGGUAAAUAAAAAGAAAGACCAUGAUGAGAAAUUCAUCACUACCACCGCCACCACUACUGGAAAUACAGGAACUAAUUCUGCACUAAAGGGUAAUUCUGCUAAUGGUGGGUCCAACACCCCUAAGACGAAAGAAAAAUUCAUGAAAAUAUCAGGAUUUGGAAAAUUAGGUUCAUCUAUAUCGAUUGGUAAUGGUAAUAAGAAUAAUGAAACGCCAUUCGUAUCGGCACCAACCACACCAUUGGAUAAAGAAAAACAAUACUUCUUAAAUGAAAGCAAUAAUGCCACAUCACAUCUUCCACCAAAGACCGCACCUGCUGCAAUGACGAAUGAUAACAAUAACAAUAGUAGAGAUGAAACUGAUAAACAAGAAAUCGUCAACCCUGUGCCUGUUUUAUCUAAAAACUCAUCGGGGCGUGCUCAAAGUUCAGGGUCUUUACUAAGUAGGAAAUUCAAAUCAUUUAGAUUGACCAAGAACGAUUCAAAUGUAAGUUCGGGAGGUGACUCUAAACAUGCCACAUCUGAUGAAGAAGAAAAAAUGAUCGAUCAGGCUAAUUUAUCUAUCGAUAGCGAUAUCCCAGAAGAAAAGACAAUUUGGAAUACAAGUUAUGAUCCAUCGGCAGACAUUAGAGGAGAAAGUCCAUUCAAUAGCCAUAAAUCAUCAGAAUAUCAAAAUCCAGUAUACACGAAACUUGCAGAUGAAUCAAAGGCUAAAUCUCGCGCUCACUCAACAUCUAUAUUAAAUUUACCUUCAACUGUCUCUAAUACAACAGUACCCGUUAGAACGGAAAAGAAGCAACAAUUCAUGGAUGAUUUGAUAACAGAAUUCCAUAAUACAUACGUGGAACAAUAUACAAGUAAUUUAACAUCGUUGAAGUUGUUAACAAGAAAGAUGCCCGACACUUUAAUCAAGAGGGAUCCAACAAGUCCAAUUGUUAAUAUCAGAUUAGCUACUUUGAUAGUUGUUCAUUCGUGGGAAGAAGAUGUAUCCGGGGGUAGUGUUUUAUCAUCAAGUAUAUUACCACCAUCUUCCAAGAGAAGACGAAAUUCUGGUAAUAAUUCUAGUAAAUCAUCCCUUGUGUCAUCACAAUCAGAUAAUCAAGAUCCUUUGACUGGGAAAGGAACCAUGAAAAGGGGAGGAACCAAUACUAAUAGCGAUGGACAUGAUUAUUAUAAUGACUUCACUAUUAAUGAACCCGAGAUAGGAGAUGAUGAACUUCAUAUGACGCCAUCGAAAAAAGAACUAUAUGAACAUUUAGAGAGAGACUUACCUUAUUGGUUUGCUAAGAAAUUAUGUAAUGAUAUCAGAAUGGUGGAUGAUCAACAACCUAAAUUAACGUUCGUCUUACAACCCUGGCUGAACGCAGAACAGGAAGCCCACCAAGCUUCAUUAGAUCCCGAUGAGACGGUAAAGACUGAACAAAAGCAUUACAUGUUGAAAUUUGGUAAAUCUAAGGGAACUGGUAUGACCGACUUACCAAAAAUAUCUGACAUGAAUGCACGUUUAACGGCACCUGGGAUGAUCAAAGUUAAAAAAAUCAAAUUUUAUGUAAUUGAUAGAUUUGAGGCCAAGACAGCCGAAAUGAAGGCCAAGACAGAUCCAAGUGAAUGGUUAGAGAUCCUUUGUAAAGGUCAAGUUCUUGACAAUGAUAUGACGUUGAGCACGGUUCGUACAUUGUAUUGGAAAUCACAAGGAGAGAUCAUAUUGAAUUACAGAAGAAAAGUCGAUGGUUCGGUUUUGACGAUGAACAAAGAUAAAUAA